AUGGCGGGAGGCAAGAAUAAAUCCUCUACUGCACCGUCAGGACUUCAAAAACACAUGUUGAUAUUCAAAACCGAGUACACGGUUUUUGUUACGGUUGUGCUAUGGUUCUUGGAAAUUGGGAUCAACAUAUGGGUGAUCCAAAAAGUUGCAUGUGAUUUUAUUGUGUGUUCAUACACAGAGAUUGGCUGGAAAGCCUACAUGGAUGAGGUGGAAGGUGUUAUCAACGGCACAUACGACUACACCCUGCUGAAGGGCGACACGGGGCCUCUGGUGUAUCCAGCUGGCUUUGUGUACAUAUUCACUGCGCUGUAUCAUAUCACUGACCAUGGACAAAAUAUUCGUCUGGGCCAGUACCUGUUCGCUGUCUUCUACCUCAUCACUCUGCUGCUCGUUUUCCGCAUUUACCAUCGCACCAAAAAGGUUCCACCCUACGUGUUUUUCUUCGUCUGCUGUGCUUCAUAUAGGAUUCACUCCAUUUUUGUAUUGCGUCUCUUUAAUGAUCCACUGGCCAUGAUGCUGCUGUUUGGAGCCAUCAAUCUCUUCCUGGAUGGUCGCUGGAAUUUGGGAUGCGCCUUCUACAGUUUAGCUGUGUCUGUGAAGAUGAAUGUUCUGCUCUUCGCUCCGGGUCUGCUCUUCCUCCUCCUGUGUGAGUUUGGUCUGUGGAAAACUCUCCCCAGACUAGUUCUCUGUGCUCUCAUACAGCUGUUGUUAGGAUUUCCAUUCCUCCUGGUGAAUCCUGGCGGUUAUGUUAGCCGGGCCUUUGACCUGGGCAGGCAGUUUCUGUUUAAGUGGACAGUGAACUGGCGUUUUCUCCCCGAGGAGGUGUUUUUGAGUCGAUACUUUCACCUGGCACUGCUUCUGGCUCAUAUUACCACGUUGAUUCUGUUCGCACUGAAGAGAUGGAAGAGGUCUGGGAACAGUAUUUGGUCCAUUUUAAAGGAUCCUUCUGAGAGAAAAGAGACUGUACAGAAGCUCAAUGCUGAUCAGACAGUUCUGGUUCUGUUCACCUCUAACUUCAUUGGAAUGUGCUUCAGUAGAUCUCUGCAUUAUCAGUUUUAUGUGUGGUACUUCCAUACACUCCCCUAUCUGCUGUGGAGUGGAGGAGUUAAGAAGCUUGCUCACCUGCUCAGAGUGUUGAUUCUGGGUCUGAUAGAGCUGUCCUGGAACACGUUUCCCUCCACCAACUACAGCUCUCUCUCACUGCACAUUUGCCAUUUCAUCAUCCUGCUUUGCUUGUGGAUCAACCCUUCCCCUGCUCUUCCGGCUCACGGGUCUGAGAACAAGGCUAAACGCCACUGAACACUGGUCCAAUCAGUGUGCUCGCUGUGUGGGAUGAUCCCUGGCCUCCACCCCCUGUCUCUUUUCUGACUCCUGGAGCCACUGGUCCCCUGUUCCAAAACUUGUGUGACAAACAGGGGUCAUCCCAGGCAAGAAAGGGUUGAGACUGUGAUGCUCAAAUGGGAUCAGUGUGGUUUGUUCACGGAUGCAGGAUACAGUUAACAUAUUUGAGGAACAGAGAGAGUUUACAAUGUUUCUGAGGAUUCUUAAGGACUAAUGCUCAGUCUGGGAUAUCGGAGCGGGAUUUAUUUGUCAUUGUUACAUAGCAUUUUAAAUCGGUUGACCUGUUGAGAUUUACAGACUCCAUAGAUGUGUUGUCAGCCCAUGGACACAUUAUUGACAGGACUGUUUAUUGGUACAAAGGCCUAAGAUAAUGUAAAAAUGUUUCAAGUGUGACAUUAAGCUUAUGGAUUGAUUAUAUCAUUGAUUUUGUUCUUUGUCUUAUUUCAAGUUAUUCAGGGAAUUUGUUUCCAUUUGAAUAUUGAUUUCCCAACCAUGCACAGUGACUGUAAGCUUAAAGGUAUAGCUCACCCAAAAAUUAAAUUUCUCCCAUUAUGAAUGCUUUUUCAUGUUGUUCCAAACCUUUAUGACGUUCUUUCUCCUGUGGAACACAAAAAGAUGUUAGGUACCAUUCACGUUCAUUGCACCAUUUUUUGCAUACAGUGAAUGUUCUGCCUAACAUGUACUUUUGUGUUCAACAGAAGAAAUUAAUAUGGUUUUGGAACGACAUGAGAGGGAGUAAAUGAUGAGAGAAUAUCUCUUCAACAAGUUCACUAGAGUUUACUGUAGGAAUCAAUAACAAAGGAAUAGCAUAGAUCUGCUUUUCCAUUUCUUCCAAGUUUGAGACACCCAUGAACUUCUCAAGUUUUUUUUAGUAGUUACUGAGUUUGUUUACUGCCUUUGUUCUUUUACUUGUAUUGUGUUCAGUAUGUUUUUCUGAAUGGCUUCAUCGUUUUUUUUUUUUUGCUAUCCAUGUUAAUGUGAAUUAUAACAUUUUCUCUGAAUCUGAGCAUGGUUGAGACAAACCCGUUUGUCACAGGACAGCUCAUAGUAUAAGAGGCCUGAUUUCAGGAACUUCGUUUUGACUAAAUGUGUCAUGGAAGGGAUAGUUCACCCAAAAAGAACAAAUUCUCUCAUUUACUCGCACUCAUGCCAUCCUAUAUGUGUAUGACUUUCUUUCUUCUGCAGAACUCAAACAAAUUUUUUUUUGAAGAAUAUCUCCGCUCUUUUGAUCCAUUCAGUGCAAGUGAAUGGUGGCCAGAACUUUGAAGCUCCAAAAAGGGCAUAAAGGCAGCAUAAAAGGAAUCCAUACAACUCCAGUGGUUAAACCUAUGUCUUCAGAAGUGAUAUGAUAGGUGGAGUGAGUAACAGAUCAAUAGCGAAGUCCCUUUUUACGAAAAUCCCCACUUUGACUUUUUGGCGACUCAAAUUCUUUGUGCAUAUCACCACCUGCUGGGCAGGGAGAAUCAUUUAUUGUAAAAAAGGACUUGGAAAUAUUGAUCUGUUUCUCACCCACACCUGUCAUAUAUCUUCUGAAGACAUUAAUUAAACCACUGGAGUUGUAUGGAUUACUUUUAUGCUGCCUUUAUGUCCUUUAGCUUCAAAGAUCUGGCCACCAUUUACUUCCAUUAAAUGGACCAACAGAGCUGAGAUAUUCUUAAAAAAAAAAAAACUUGUUUGUGUUCUGCAGAAGAAAGUGAGUAAAUAUGAGAAUUAAAAAUUUUGAGUGAACUAUUCCUUUAAUUUAUUUUGGUUUUAUAUGGCAGUAUAGUGGAAAAUGAAAUGGAGUACUCCAGUACUUAAUUUUUGGGGUGCGAUUUUAUUAAAUGACUGAUCUGAUUAUCUUUUAUUUGCAGUUGGUUUUUUGUUAUUUUUGCAUGAUGUCCAUUUGCUUAAUUCAAUUAAUAAUUAUAAUGCAACCGCUGUCCAUGGUGUUAUUUCAUUUUUAGGGUAUUAAAAUGUCUCCACAGCUAGAAAAAUGUAUCUUAAAACCUGAAGGCAGUGUCAAUGAAAUGGAAUCAU